AAUUAAAAUGUUCUCUGAACCGUUAGGGGAGGGAACGCUAGCACUCUCUUUCCAUCCAAAGGCAAAAAAGAGGAAUCUCCGUUUCUGCAACUAGACUAACAAGGUCAUCGUCUUCACUUCCACAUACUUGCUGGCGCCAUCUGAUCACAAGAUGGCGGAUCCGGUGAAUUCAUUUCUCGGGAAAAUGUUGUUAGAAGAGAUCACUCCGGUGGUUAUGGUUCUUCGAACUCCCCUCGUUGAAGAAGCCUGUCUCAAGAACGGCCUCACCUUCGUUCAGAUGCUCCAACCCUUUUGUGUCUUCAACAACAUUGAUGUACCUGUACGGACGGUGAGUGAUCAGCCCUACAGGUUGCACAAGUUCAAGUUGCGAUUGUUUUAUGCUUCCGAGAUAAAGCAGCCGAAUGUGGAGGCUGCGGAAGAGCGUUUAAAACAGGUGAUAACUCAUACUGCUGAGAAAGAUCUUUCUGAUUUGCACGCAGAUCCACCUCAACUUGAUGAUUUACUUGCUUUGAAUUCUGAAUUGCUGCCAUUGUGGUUUAAAAUCUUCAACAAGGAGCUUAUACAGACCUUAUCUUUCUCAGAGCAUGAAGCCUUUGACCAUCCUGUGGCGUGUCUUUUGGUUGUUUCUUCCAAAGAUGAACAGCCUAUCAACAAAUUUGUUGACUUAUUUAACACCAAUCAGUUGCCCUCCCUUCUCAAUGAUGGUGUGAUGGAUCCAAAGAUUCUGAAGCAUUACUUAUUAAUACAUGAUAAUCAAGAUGGCAGUUCAGAGAAGGCGACUAAUGUUCUUACAGAAAUGAGAAGUACAUUUGGCAUGAACGAAUGUAGAUUAUUGUGCAUUAACUCUGCCAAAGAUGGAUCGGAAGAACGAAUAGGUAGCCUGUGGACUCCUUAUAAAACUGAUGCUUCUCCUAGUCAAGAUCUUGGUUGUUUGCUUAAUGUCAAUGAUGUUAGUGAGGUAAAGGACCUCAUGCAAGAUCUAUCUUCCAAACAUAUAAUUCCUCAUAUGGAACAGAAAAUUCGAGUUCUCAAUCAACAGGUUUCUGCAACACGUAAAGGCUUUAGAAAUCAAAUUAGGAAUUUGUGGUGGAGAAAAGGAAAAGAGGAAACUCCUGAUGCCCACAAUGGCCCAAUGUACACGUUUAGCUCCAUUGAAUCUCAAAUAAGAGUUUUGGGUGACUAUGCCUUCAUGUUGCGAGAUUAUGAACUUGCUUUGUCAAAUUAUCGAUUGCUUUCAACAGACUACAAAAUUGACAAAGCCUGGAAACGCUAUGCUGGUGCUCAGGUAUCUUUAAAUGUUUUUCACACUUUCUGUUCUUAGUCAUAGCCAAUAGCC